AUGGGACGCAGCGUCUACCUCCUCGUCAACCGCGACAAGCCUCAGGUCCGUGAGGUCAUCGACGACGUGCGCGCGCUCAUCGAGAAGCACGGCACGAUCGUCCACGAGGCGCACACGCGGGGCGAGGACAUCACCGACACGCACGGCGCGGACCUCUUCGUCGUGCUCGGCGGCGACGGCACCAUCCUGGGCCAGACGCGGCGCACCGAGAGCCUACACCUGCCGAUCGUCGGCGUGAACUUCGGGCGACUGGGCUUCCUGGCGGAGUUCAACCACGAGGCGUUCGAACGCCACGCGGAGCGCAUCAUCGGCGGCGGCCCGCUCACGAUCGAGGACCGCCUGAUGCUCUCCGUCGAGGUGUACACCAACGGCGACCGCGUCUUCGAGGGCGAGUCGCUCAACGACGCGGUCAUCACCGCGGGGCCGCCCUUCCGGAUGAUCGAGAUCGGCGUGACGAUCGACGGCGAAGGCGGCCCGACGCUCAAGGGCGACGGGGUGAUCGUGAGCACGCCCACGGGCUCGACGGCGUACAACGUCAGCGCCGGCGGGCCGAUCGUCGCCCCGGGGCUCGACGCGAUGACGAUCACCCCCAUCGCGGCCCACUCCCUCGCGUUCCGCCCGAUCGUGGUGGACGCGAACACGACGAUCGACCUGCAGAUCGUGCACGCGAACGCGGUCGAGAAUUGCGACCCGGGCACGCCCGGGUGCAUGGGAACGACCCUCGUGCUCGACGGGCAGGAGAUGCACCCGCUCUCGGGCGGGGAGCGGGUUCGCAUCCGCGAGAGCACGCGUGAGCUCAAGCUCGUGCAGAACCCCGAGAUGGGCUACUGGAAGACCCUGAUCCAGAAGCUGCACUGGGCGGUGCCGCCGAGCCGCCCGGACGGGGCGUAA